GUUUCACCUUUCAUCUAACAGAGCAAAAGGAAUUGGCGAUGGCGAACAAAAAAGGCUCGAAGAUGAACAUCGCAAUCAUUCAUCCUGAUCUCGGAAUCGGAGGAGCCGAAAGGUUAAUAGUUGAUGCAGCAGUUGAACUUGCAUCUCAUGGACAUAAUGUUCACAUUUUCACAUCACACCAUGAUAGAAAUCGGUGUUUUGAAGAGACACUUUCAGGUACAUUUGCAGUUACAGUUUAUGGAUCAUUCCUUCCAAGACACAUCUUCUAUCGUCUUCAUGCAGUAUGCGCGUAUCUUCGUUGCAUAUUUGUUGCCCUCUGUGUCUUAUUCAACUUUCCAUCUUUUGACAUUAUACUUGCUGAUCAAGUCUCUGUUGUCAUUCCAAUUUUAAAGCUCAGAAAAUCCACAAAGGUUGUUUUCUAUUGUCAUUUCCCUGAUUUGUUGCUGGCUAAAUACACAACUCUUCUAAGAAGAAUAUACCGGAAGCCCAUAAACUUUUUAGAAGAAUUAACAACAGGAAUGGCAGAUUUAAUACUUGUUAACAGCAAUUUUACAAAAUCAACUUUUGCUGCAACAUUCAAGCGACUUGAUGCUCAUGGGGUAAAACCAGCUGUGCUUUAUCCAGCUGUAAAUGUGGAUCAAUUCAGUGAACCAAAUGCUUAUAAGUUGAAUUUUCUUUCAAUUAAUCGUUUUGAAAAGAAAAAGAACAUAGAUUUGGCAAUAUCAGCUUUUGCAAUGCUUCCUUCUCCUGAUGUGACAUUGACUAUUGCAGGUGGAUUUGAUGAGCGAUUGAGAGAGAAUGUUGACUAUUUAGACCAACUAAAAGUAUUGGCUGAAAUAAAAGGUGUAUCAAACAAGGUCAAAUUCAUUACAUCUUGUCCUACAUCUGAAAGAAACACUCUUCUCUCUGAGUGCCUAUGUGUUAUUUAUACCCCAAAGGAUGAACAUUUUGGGAUUGUUCCAUUGGAAGCAAUGGCGGCUCAUAAACCGGUGAUAGCUUGCAAUAGUGGUGGGCCCGUUGAGACAGUGAUAGAUGGUGAAACGGGUUUCUUGUGUGACCCGACCCCACAAGGCUUCUCAUCAGCCAUGGCUAAGUUUUUGGAGAAUCCGAGGUUAGCAGAAACAAUGGGUGCAAAAGCACGAAAACAUGUUUCCGGAACAUUCUCUACCAACACCUUUGGCGAAAGAUUAAAUCAGUAUUUGGUGGAUGUAGUGUUAUCAAACAGUAAACUACAUGUAGAAUAGAAAGCAGAGUGAUUAGAUUUUAUUUUGUUACUUAAGUGAUACAUGUAGGAUUUUAUUUUUAUCUUUUGUUAGGCCACUAAAGUUUUAUUUUUUUCAUCCAACUAUUUUGAAUUUUGAUUAUGGAUUCGGUUUUUGUUUGAUUUGUGUAUAUAUGGUUUAAUAGAAGUUAUAGAACCA